AUGUCGGAAGGUGGACUCGAGGAGCGAGGAGGCGAGAUGCGCAUCCCUGACGAGGACGACUUAGGGGGGACCGUAAAACGGCGCCGGAUAGAUUUCAAAAAGCCGUUGGCUGACGGUGAGAGGGAAGUAACCCAAGUUAGGGGUUACCCCUACACCAUCAGGGCGACGUCACGCGAGCACGGCAGCACCUCCCGGAGAGAGGGCGUGGCUUCGGCUGGAGAGGUCAGGCCCAGGAACGAUGCUCAGCCCAAGGAUGAUGCCGGUCCAAAGGGAGACGAUGAGAUCAAGGAAGGACACGUCAGGAAAGAUGUGGACAAGAUCGAUGAUGAGAUCGAGAUGGAUGCUCAGGCUUCGGGGGGAGAUGCCAGGAUCUCAGCUGAAGAUCGCAUGUCAUUGAAACGGAGUGGUCAUGGUGAUUGUGAGACUUCAGGUCAAGCUGAGGUGCAGACAUCUGGUGAAGACGACAUUGACACUUCACGUCAAGAGAGGGACACGCAGAGUUACCGCACAUUGGUUCUAGGAAAUGAUUGUGAGACAUCUCACGGUGGACACAAGACCAAUGGUCAGAUGUUACCUCAAGAAGGUGGAUUCACGACCGAUGGUCAGAUCUCGUCUCAAGAAGGUGGACUCAAUGUUCAGAUGUCAUCACAGAAAGGUGGAUCCCCAGCUGACGCUGCCACGCCACAUUCAAAGAGUGGACCUCCGGUUCACAGCGCAUAUGAGGCUCCUCACAGUCCAAAGAGCAGCAACCCACAGGGGCCCGGCGCUGACCCCGCACGUGAAGGUGAAGGAGACAGCACAUCUAGCGGUUCGCUCGCCAACCAAAGCGUGCCGGGAGGCGAGCGGGCUGAGACGAUGCGCCUCUACUUCCACGCCGUGCUCUCCAGGGACUUCGGCCCCUUCGACGACGGCAGGGACCGCGUGGUGCUGAGGUCGGCCGACUUGUGCCGUGAGGACGUUAUGCAGCUGCAUGUGACCGGAUCCAUCGAAGACUUCGGUCUGCUCGUCGACGGCGUGAUGGAGGUGAGCGUGAGCGCCGUGCACAACAGGCGCAUCGCCUACAGGUACGCGCUGCUCAGGGGUGACGCGGAAACGCCCGAGUUCAUCUGCAAGGCCGACGGCGCGAGAGUCGGUCGCCUGAACCGCAGCAUGCAAGUCUGGGACCAGUGUAUCCAGCGCAAGGAGGACUGGCACCAGUACGACGACCUCAUCCGUGCCCCUCCGGCGGGCGGCAUCGCCGGGUGGCUGAGGAGCGCGGCGGACAAGGCGAAAGUCGCGAGGGACAUGGAGAUGGGCAAGCGCAUCUCCGGCAGAGUCCACCUCGAGCGCAUCCUCGGGUUCGUGCAAGGCUGGACGCGCCCUGGACUCGACGAGUUCCACUCACUCGUGGAGCAGCUCGCGGUCUGCUACAGCGAGGAGUGGGUCCACGAGGGCCACCACAGACCCUGGCAUGGCCUGGACUUCGGCCCGCCGCAGGUCGACAAACUGGUGAGCGAGCUGGUGGUGAGGAUCCUGCGGCCGCACUCCGAGUUUCGCUCCGAUCCGUCGUGCCGUCCCUCCGUCGCAUCCAGGGAGCAGUCGGCCCUCUUGGCCGCGAGCCUCCUGCAUCUGCGCGACGUUCCGGUGCCCGCCGAGUGGCUGUCGAUCGCGUGCCGCCUACUGGCGCCGCUGCCGCCACGCGCCAGCUGUAUUGAGCAGAGCAGGGCGAGCGUCCAGGCGACGUGCGCCAAGCUGCGCAUCCACCCUAGGCCUGUCGCCGUGCUGGUCGGCCUCUGCGCACGCUGCAUCGCGGCCGGGGUCGUCGACUGGCUCCUGACUCUGCCUGUGCUCCACUUGCUGAGGGGGCACGUGGAGCCCUUUGGCCCCGUCGUGAAGGAGGAGGAGGAGGAACAGCAGGAGGACAUCUGGGCCGGGCUUGAGGGCAUCCCGUAUGUCGACACGAGGAAUCACAUCCGCCAAGACGAGGAGGGCAAGCGGCGACUGGUGGAGCUGCUGGUGGAGCACUCGUUCCUGCUCGACAUGGAUCGGCUGCUGGCUCGGAGCGUGCUGUGCGUGAUGCCCUCCUCCGGCGUGGCGGCCAUCGUGGACGUUCUGCCGCUGGUGCCCCUGGACGUCGUGCGGGCGGCCUGCUACCGCCUGCGCGUCUUCUCGUGCAGGAGACCCACCAAGGCUGAGGAACAAGUGCACUCCCGGAGCCACUUUGGGGGGCCCUGGGCCCCACGCUUUGGGGGCCCAGCACUUUGGGGGCCCUGGGCCCUGCACUUUUGGGGGCCCAGUGCUAUGUGUGAGCACCGCGGCGCGCGCGAGCUGUGGCUCGCCGUACAGUCGCCGGAGCUGGGAGGCGACGGCGUGGCCGUGCUGGAGCAGUCAACGCGUGCCGUAGAGCUCACCUGCGCGGUGGUCCACACCUCCGCGGAGCUCCUGCUCGGCGGCCUGAGGCUGCUUCGGGCCAGCGUGGACGCGGCAGGACUUGAGUCCGCCAGUCGCCCGCAGAUGCAGGACGGCUCUGGGGGGCCAACGGCGGACCCCCAGGGCCCCGUCGGGGAGCAAGCGGUGCGGGCCUGCCGGGAGGCCCUGGAGCGGGUGGCGCUGUGCAUCGCCGCCCUGCGGCCCGACCGUCUGCUGGUGCCACACGGCACCAACGCAGCGCUGCAGGAGCCGCUCGAGAUCUGGAGCGCGUUCCUCGGCAUCCAGUUCAGUGACGCAGACCUCCAACGGCUGUGGGUGCGGCAGCUCCUCAGCCAUGCCAGGGGCCGCAUCACCCAGGAGGAGCCGCAGCAGCAGCUCGACGUGUUCCUCCGCGCAAGGCGGAAGGGCGCGACACUCCACCCGGUGCUCUACGACUGUCUGGAGAGCGCCGCUCUGGAUGCCGUGUGGUCCAUCUGCCAGAACAAGGAGGAGGAGCUGGCGGAGAAGGAGCUUCAGAAAUGCAGCAAGGUGCUGUCGCGCAUCCUGGUGGAGGCCUGGCCGAAGAGGGACGGCCAAGCGAGCACGGAGCACGUGGAAGUCGUCCUGCACCUGCUGGGCUGGAGGCUCUCGGCACGCUUGCUCAAAAUGCACGGUUGA